AUGCCUCGUGGUCACAAGAGUAAGAAUCCUGCCCGUUGGAAGCGCCGCCAGACUCAAGGGGAAACCCAGGCCCCUGAAGAGGCGAAGGCCGCUGCUGCAGAAGAGGAAACCCAAUCUCCCUCAUCUUCCCCUCUUUAUAAGGCUUCUCCUCCUUGUGAGGAUUCUCCACCUCCUGAGGAUGCUCCACCUCCUGAGGAUUCUCCACCUCCUGAGGAUUCUCCACCUCGUGAGGCUUCUCCACCUCAUGAGGCUUCUCCACCUCCUGAGGCUUCUCCACCUCGUGAGGCUUCUCCACCUCGUGAGGCUUCUCCACCUCGUGAGGCUUCUCCACCUCGUGAGGCUUCUCCACCUCGUGAGCAUCCUCCUCCUCGUGGGGCUUCUCAGCGUCUCCCUGGUCUUUCCACUGAGCUGAAUUCUCAGAGAGUCCCACCCAUCCCCAAAAUUGAUAUGUGUGUCUACUGCACAGAGGAUGAUGAGGGUGACCUGGGCAAAUAUGGUGGGGGUGCUAGUUCCUCAGGGGGCGCCGCAGGGGCCCCCCAGAAAUAUCCUCUCAUCAAGAGGAUGAGACUCCUGGUGCAGUUUCUGCUGCACAAGUAUAAGAUAAAAGAGCCAUUGAUCACCAAGGAAGAAAUCAUGAAGAUCAUCAACAAGAAGUACCAGGAGCGCUUUCCUGAGGUCCUGCAGAGAGUCUCUGAGCACAUGGAGCUGGUCUUCGGCCUUGAGCUCAAGGAAGUCGACCCCAGCGUUCCAACCUACCUCCUGGCCAAUGUGCUGGAGAUCAGCCGGGAAGAUUAUCUCUUUGAUAGUAAGACUUUCCCCAAGUAUGGGAUGCUGCUGCCUAUCCUGGGCAUGAUCUACAUGAAUGGAAACCAGGUCAGUGAGGAGCAGCUCUGGCAAUUCCUCAAUCGAGUUGGGGUCUCUGAUGGGAAGAGGAGGCACUUCCUCUUUGGAGAUGCCAGGAAGCUCCUCAUCAAAGAUAGGGUUCAGAAAAAGUGGAUCAGGGAAAACAGUAGCCAGGGCAUCAUUGCCCCCAAGUUAGAAGCAACUAAUAGCUCACCCUCCAGUGGGUUUUCAGAGGCCAGAAAUGGCUCUCAAGGUGACUUCCCACCUUUCCCCACCCUGCAGCAGCUGGUGAAUUCCCACUGCGGGUCUCUGGGCUCCAUCCUGGCAGCGCGGGGAGGAGCCCCAGGAACUGUUAGCAGCCUCCCCCCACCCCCACAGCUUCCACCGGAUGUGACGACAGCAGACGUUCAACCGCCCAAUAUCCCCGAAGGCGGGAAGACGCUCGUAGCUUCCAGAAUCUCUGGUCGCUCUUCAGACGAGGACGCUCGACUCCAAGUCUGCUCAGCGCCCUGGUGA